UUUACCUACCUCAUGCUCCUCAAAUUUGUUUACCAGGAAAUUAGAGUAAAAUUUUGCACACACCACCACCAAAAGAUUUACCAACGAGGAUUGGAUUUUGCAUAAUAUAGACACGUUGAUCAAUCUAUUGGGCUGCCAAAUCCAAACCUGUUCCAACCAUUCUCUAACCCCUCUGCCAAACACGCCUGCAGAAAAUAAAGCCCCAGCUUCAACCAUUUCGUAUGCCUGUAAUCUGUAUGUUAAAACGCUUCAAAGAAACGCCUAGGCACUGAAUUCCCACCCCCUGUUUUCCGUUUAGCAUUGGGAAAGAUGCUGCGCGUGGCCUCGAAUUCACUACUGCGAAGGGGAAGAGGAUCAAAAAAUGCUAUUCCUCUGAUAACCAUAGAUGAUUUAGUCUAUGACUACCAUGGAGCAAAAGAGGAAAUUGGUGAUUGUGCGCGUAGAUUCUCUGUGUCGGGAGCUUCCCCCAGUUUAUCAAUAUGGAGAGGAAGGAAAAAAGAGAUGGGUAAAGAAGGUUUAAUCAUUGUAAAAGAACUCAAACGAUUAAAAUCAAACCCGAUUCGCCUCGAAAGGUUUAUGGAAACUCAAGUAACUCGUCUACUCAAAUUAGAUCUUUUUGCUGUUCUUGCUGAAUUUCAACGUCAAGAUCAAGUUCUCCUAUCUAUGAAGAUAUACGAAAUGGUGAGAAAAGAAAUAUGGUACCGGCCAGACAUGUUCCUUUACAGGGACAUGCUUAUGAUGCUUGCAAGGAACAAAGAGAUUGUAGAGACAAAGCGGGUGUGGGAAGAUCUAAAGAGGGAACAAGUACUGUUUGACCAGCAUACAUAUGGCGACAUUGUGAGAUGUUUCUUGGAUAACGGAUUAGAAACUGUGGCAAUGGAGAUUUACGAAGACAUGAGGCAAUCACCUGAUCCCCCUCUCUCAUUGCCUUAUCGAGUUAUCUUGAAAGGACUCCUUCCAUAUCCUGAACUGAGGGAAAGAGUAAAAGAUGACUUUCUUGAACUUUUUCCAAAUAUGAUUAUGCGUGACUCUGAAGACCUAUGUGAAGAUGAUGAGCCGAGCAGUGAAAGCGAAGACGAUUAAGAUGUUGCCUCUUCACUCUUUCGAGUCCAAACCAAAAUGUGAAUAUCCCUGUGAAGGUGAAAGCCCUGCUACAAACUUUACUGCAUCAGAUAAGCUAAUUUGGAGUUUUUGCUGAAAGCUGCUAGGCGCGAAACAAGAUGAAGCAACAGCGAAGGCUCAGGAAGAGACUCCAAAUGUGACAGUGAUGCCCAUUCUUCCUGGGGUUAUCUUGCUCUACCGCGACUGUGCUGGUCAAGAAGUUGCUAGCCUGACCCUUGAGGGAUAAAGGUCUUGCAUGACUUCAGUUGUUUCGCUCAUUUUACUCCAUAACAAAUAAAACCAUGUACUGAAAAGAACUUUUGAAUUUUAGAACUUGUUUCUCAGCAUGUUAUUCCAGUAAUGUCCAACUUUUGGGCUUUGAUUUUUAACCAGCUCCCUGGUUCGGGUCA